GCUGACGCGGAAGUGGCUGCAGCGCCGUGUGGAGGCCUCUACUUACCCGCACGCGAAACCGUAGCCAGUGCGCGGGCUCUGCUUUCUGACGCAUAUUACCGAAUUCUGCUUUAUCACGUUUAUUCGGGAGCCUGAGCUCCGUGACCUAUAGUUUAUAUGUCGUGCGUUCACUUGGAGGCCACCGACGGGAGCGGGCGCUUCGCUCUGCCUAAUGGGGAGACCAUGAUAGGAAGAGGACCCUUCUUGGGUGUUUCAGAUAAAAGAGUAUCCAGAAGCCAUGCUGUACUUGAAGUGGUUGAUAACAGGCUAAGAAUUAAACCAGUACAUGUGAAUCCGUGUUUCUAUCAAGUCAAAGGGGAAAGGACAUUUGUACCCCUGGAAAAAGAUGAGUGGUGCUGGCUGCGCCCAGGCGACUGCUUUUCACUCUUGCCCGAUAAAUAUACCUUCAGGGUAAUUGCAGAAGAGAAAGAAACAUUAAGAAAUGAAGCACUUCACCAGGACACUGGUUUAAGUGAUAGUCCUCCCUGCUCUUCAAGUGCAUCUGAAAUAAAGGAGAAGCCUAUCUCAGUGGGAGAUACAUCAAAGCAAUCCAUAUUGUGUACGGUUCAUGAAUCUCAAGAAGAGGCUGCGUCUACUUCAGCAGUAUAUAUAGAAGUUAAUGAAAAGGCAGGAUCUACUCAGAGGAAACGUGUUCUGCCAGACUGGAUGUUAAAGGGAGAUCUUAAAAUUAAAAGCCUACUGGUGCCUCUUAGUAAACCAGGAACAAAGAAAAGAAUUGGAACAGAGCAAAACGUGGUUAUGAGUUACAGUGGUGAAAAUUCAAAGGGGAAGAAAGCUUUGUCCAAAAGGAAUGUUCCGGAAGAUGUGGAGGAAGAAUGCCUUAAGAAAAAAAGGAACCAAUUAGAGGUUUUGUCUACAACAUCAUCCAAGGGCAACAUUCCAAUGGAAGACUCAGAUUGUCAUCUCAAAAGACCAGUGUUGUCAGAUGAUGAUGAUGAUGAUGAUGAUGAUGAUGAUGAUGACAUGGAGGUGCAGAACAAUGAUUUUUCACAAGUUACUAAAAAGGAACAGAAGAGAGGAUGUGAAAAUGACCACAACAAUACUGGGGUUGGCAGUCAAUCGUUUAAACCCUCUAAACCGUCAAACUUUAAUAGAGCUGAUGAAGAAAUCCCAGAUCAGAGCCUGGUAGAAGACGUUUCAUACAGUGAAGCAGAUUCACCCCAAGCAGCGUCUAAUAAAAGGACCCUUUGCAUGUAUGGAGAACAUUGCUACAGAAAAAACCCAGCUCAUUUCCAAGAGUUUUGUCACCCAGGAGACAGUGAUUAUUGUGAUGCUGAGAAUGGGAGUCAAGAUGACAAGCCAGAGUGUCCAUAUGGAACUGAUUGUUAUAGGAAGAACCCACAGCAUAAAUUAGAAUAUAAACACACAAAGCCACCAGGAGGAGGCAGGCGUCUGCGAAGAAGGCCUGCAAAGAAAGGAAAGGGUGUUUUGGAUGAUGACAAUGGAGAGCCCAAUGAAUAUGAUCUGGAUGAUAGCUUCAUAGAUGAUGAUGAGGAGGAGGAUUUUGACAACACUGAUGAAGAUUCAGACUGGAUGCCAGAUACUGAGGAUAGGGACAGUGAAGAUGUGAAGACGCUGCUCAAAGAAGCUAACAAAUUUGUUAAAGGAAACCAUUAGUAUGACUGAUAUGCAUUGCUGUGCUUUAAAUUUUAAAAUUUAAUAUUGUUAUGACUUCAUCUAUACAGCAACAGGAUGUUGGUAAUGUCAGGUAAAUAGAAUUUGGUCUCGGGUUUGACAUAUUUGUAACCACUGAAAUGCAUGUUUUUAAAAUAAACUAUAGUUUUAUAUAA